UGCGUGCGUGUGUGUGUGUGCGUGUGUGUCCUUGGCUGACAGGAUAUAAAGUCGUCUGGUCAGAUUGAGCGACAGAAGUGGAGGGGAACAACAGAAAUCUCUGUCCAACGGCCGAACGACAAGAAAACAGCAAAGCGAGAGACAGAGACAGGACAGUUUGAGAAAUGUGUCCUACGUGGCUAUUGGUGGCCGUGGCGCUGGUGGGCGUGGCCAGAGGAGCUGUCGGUCAAUGCUGGGAACAUCCGAGCUGUCAGGAGGUCACCUCUGAGACGAGCAUGCUGGAGUGCAUCCAGCUCUGUCGCUCCGACCUCACCGCCGAGAUUCCCGUCAUCCCGGGUGAAGCCCACCUCCAACCUCUUCCUCCUCCAUCAGACCCCGAGUCUCUGCCCGUCCUCUCUCUUUUAUCUGCCUCCUCUUCCUUCCCCUCCUCUCCUCAGGCCAAGCGCUCCUACUCCAUGGAGCAUUUCCGCUGGGGGAAGCCCGUAGGGCGAAAACGCCGCCCUGUCAAAGUGUACACCUCCAACGGCGUGGAGGAAGAGUCGGCCGAGCUUUUCCCCGGAGAGAUGAGGAGGCGGGAGCUUGCCGACAAGAUGAUGGCCGAAGAGGAUGAGGAGAAGGUGCAGGAGGUGGCAGAAGAGGAGCAGGACCAGCUCCCGGGCGACGUCCACGAGAAGAAAGACGGCACGUACAAGAUGAAGCACUUCCGCUGGGGCGGCCCGCCGGCCAGCAAACGCUACGGCGGCUUCAUGAAGAGCUGGGACGAGCGCAGCCAGAGGCCGCUGCUCACGCUCUUCAAAAACGUCAUCAACAAAGACGGACAGCAGCCGGAGAGAGAGCAGUGAGGGAGGAGGAAAGAGAGGGAGGAGAUAGAGAGAGGAGGAGCAGACAGAGUGGCCAACAAGUCCUCCAAACCAAAUAUUAAAUGCUUCGUUUGUCAACGCCGAUCGGCAGGCAACCCUGUCUCCUAGAAAUUAUAUUUUUACGUAACUAACGAUUAUUUUCGUUAUUGAUUAAUCUGCAGAUUAUGUCUUGAUUGAUUAUUUAGUCUAUAAAAUGUCAGGCAAUAGUGUCAGAGUCUUAUGGUACAUGUCUACAGCCUCCGUCCUUUCCACGCUUCCCAUUCAUUGUCUACGUAAGCAGCUGUGCAAUGCAUUCUGGUAGCGCGGCGGCACAAUUCCAGGCAUCACAUUGGCCGCUCCUCAUUUGCAUAAAGUUGAGGUCUAGGCUACUUUAUGCAAAUCAGGGGCGUCCGGCGCGACUCGCCUCCUCUGGAAACUCCCUAGGAAUUUUUUAAUUAACCGUUGUCUAUUCAAAAAGAAUGGUUUAUUUCUCUCAUAAAAUGUUUUCAGAAACACAUUUCGGUGAACUGUUUUCGUGAUUUAAGAGAAGAAAGUUUCAAAAAGCAUUCCACGAGGAAAAGUGUUCGUCCCAUCAGGUGCCGAGUGCCUCGUGUCUAGUGGCAGCCCAUCAAGCGUCCAAUGCUGGGAAGCGAGGCGGUCCAUCGCGAUAAAAAAACGCCCCUGUGGACACGUACCAUAAGGCUACAUUCACACUAAAUCAGGUUUGCGGCGAUAUAGCGCAGGGUUGUGCGGCGGUGUGUCACUUAACGGCCCAUUAACACCAAACGACUGCACAACGAUUAACGUCUUUUGUUCUGCGGGGUUGUACAGCUCUGGAUCGGCGGUUACGUGAUCAGCAGCUGCAGCGUGACGUCGGGUUGCGUUUCUCCAAAAGUUUAUGUUUCAACUUUUCACCACUUUUUUAAGGUCCACACCGCCGCAGAUUAAACGCACUGCCCUCGUUCAAAUGAAUGGCGUUUCCACCGCAACGCUUGAAAAAUGCCUGAAAGAAGGAUUUGAUUGUCAAAAUAGUUGUUGAUUAUACAAUCAGGGUCGAUGGGCGCUGAGUCCUGCGUGUGAGAUUAGGUUUAGGCAACAGACGCUUCUGUUGAGGUUCGGGAAAGAUCAUAGUUUGAGUUAAAUGCUAAUAAAGUAAAUGAGUCCUGUCUCAUGAUAUUUCCCAUUAAAAGCCCUGAAAACGUGUUUUCUCAACCAUCUGAGCACCAUUCGGUCUCUUUAUAAAACACCUCUGCUGUUGUAAAAUACUGUAUGAACAUAAUUUCUAAGAGCCAGGGUUACAGCAGGACGACAUCGUUUAGUUAGUUUAGUUAGAAUGAUUCAUGCGAGUGUUUUCUGCUCCUCCAUGUUUGAGGUUUGGUUCAAGUUCAAGCAAAUAAAACUAUUGUCGUCAUGAUUAAAUGUUAACCGUCAGAAGGAAAAAUGAUUUUCAUACACUGAUGACCAACAUAAAGCCUGUCAGUUGACUUCACCCACAGGGAUCGGUCCUGAAAUCAGAGAGAGAGAGACACAGGAAGAUGAAAAGAAAGAAAGAGAGAGAAAAGACGAGAAAAUGUUUUAUAUAUUGAUUCAUGUAAAUAACUGUAAAUGACAUGAAAACAUAAAGUUAUUUGCA